UACACUCACGGUCCCUCAUCUAUCUCAAACAUGUCGUCUGUCUUAGCAGCAUCGCCGAGGUUGGGCCGACUUGUGCCCCAAACUACUUGCUUAUUCCUGUGUGAUUUGCAGGAAAAGUUCAGGAGUAGCAUCCAGUACUUCCCGCAGAUCGUGGAAGUAUCCAAUAGGUUGCUGAGAGCUUUUAAAGUCCUGGAACUUCCGAUUGUCGCGACAGAGCAGUACCCGAAAGGUUUAGGAAAUUCGGUGCCAGAGUUGGGCCUUGCUGAGAACGAUGUCCCAGUGUUUGACAAGACAAAGUUCUCCAUGUGUCUCCCUCCCAUCCAGGAAAUCAUUAAGAAUAAAGAGAUCAAGUCUGUGAUUCUUUGUGGUAUUGAAGCCCAUGUUUGUGUUCAGCAAACAGCGCUUGAUCUUAUUGAAAGUGGAAUGGAUGUUCACGUGGUGGUUGAUGCUUGCUCCUCUCGCUCAAUGGUGGACAGAAUGUAUGCUUUUGAGAGGAUGAAACAGUCUGGUGCCUUCCUGACAACAAGUGAGUCUGUGAUCCUAGGUCUGGCUGGGGGCUCAUCCCACCCCUCGUUCAAGCAGCUCCAGAAGAUUAUUUGGGAAUCGGCACCAGACACAGGACUGCUCGCCGCCCGCCAGCAGCCCCUCGUUGCAGCCAUUGCAGAGAGCGUUAAUGGACCUAAGCUCUAACAAAGUGUUAUAGUGUGUUUUACAGCAUUUGGCAUGCAUUGCCUUGCCUCGCCUUGCCUUGUACAGAUACAUUUUAGUGUGUAAAGAUCAAGAUUUUAACAUUUUCUUUGUAAGUUUUUGAAGUUGGUUCCUGCUACUACAUGGCAUAUUUUAAAGCCCUAUUAUAGGAGCAAGGAUUUUGGUUAUAUAACUUCAUAACAUACUGUACUUUGUUGGAAUAAUUUGACUGAAAGAACCUGAAAUCUGUUCUUAAUAAUAAAUUAAAAUCUGAAUGGUAAAAGA